UCAGUUGUUUUUCACUCUCGGAAGCAAACGGACGUGUCCAACGGUUGCUCUGACAUUGUUUACAUUUGGCAGUGUGUUUGCAUUUGCAUUUGCGUUUGCGCCGUUGCCACACAAUUGUUUUUGUUGACGUGCGCGUGUGUCUUUGCUAGUUUGUUUGCAUUUGUGAGCACAUAUCACUUGUUGCUGGAUGCUUUUGCCUGUUUUUGGUUUGACAAAACAGAAAACAACAACUAAUUCGCGAGUGAAAACCAGAAAGAUGAUAAAGAAAAACAAAUAGUGACCAGUUUGUUUGUGUUUGUUGAGUUUUUUGAGUUUUUGUUCAAGUGAAAGCGUGUGAAAAGUGGCCAACACACGGGGCCAAAGCCCUCUCGCACUCUCUUUUUGGCUCUCUUUUGGCAAGGGAAUGUAUACACAAUAAACUUAAGACAACGACAUCCACGGACAUCCACCGAUAUCCAGCGAUAUCCAUAUCCUGCCUUGUGGCCAGCCGAAAACUUCCGGUCAACAUGCAACCGCAAUUGUUGCAUCGUCCCAGCCUCCAACCUUUAUCGUCAUUAUCAUUAUCAUCGUUAUUUUAGCCACAGGUGUUGGGAAAACAGCUCAAUUUUUGGAUGUCAGCGAGAAGUGGAAGCAGAAUGACCACUCCGGGUACACUGUAUCGUUUGGCCAGUGGCGCAGCUGCCACACCCGCAACGCCCACAAACAGUCUGUAUGGCCAUCAGCCCAAGCCAUAUGCCGUGGGUUCUAUACAAAAUGGAUCGGAACGGAAUCGCAUUCUGGAAUUACUGAGGGCGCCCAAUAGUUUGACGUCACCAACUUUGGAACCCUCCUCCAAGGGACUGCUCAAUGGUCCCGGACAGAACAACUGCUUCCUCAACUGUGCCGUGCAGGUCUUAUGGCACUUGGACGCCUUUCGACGAUCGUUUCGCGGUUUAAAUCAACAUGUAUGCGGUGGCCAAGACUGUAUCUUCUGCGCUCUAAAGGAACUCUUCCAACAGCUGCAGACCAGUUCUGAGCCCGCUUUGUGUCCGGAGCCACUGCGCCGGGCCUUGGCAAGUGGUCCGUUAGCAGGACGACGAUUCCCACUCGGAUGUUUGGGUGAUGCCGCCGAGUGCUUUGAACUUCUGCUACACCGCGUCCACUCGCACAUUUCAUCAGAUGAUGGCGAUUCCUGUGAAUCCUCCGCCUGCAUCGCCCACCGAAGAUUCGCCAUGCGUGUCAUCGAACAGAGCGUCUGCAAGUGCGGAGCCAACUCCGAGCAGCUGCCCUUCACACAGAUGGUGCACUAUGUCUCCGCCUCGGCCUUAACCUCUCAAAAGAGUCUGGCUCUGCAAUCCCACCAGCAGUUGAGUUUUGGCCAACUUUUAAGGGCCGCCGGCAACAUGGGCGACAUUCGCGAUUGUCCGAACACAUGUGGCGCCAAAAUUGGGAUAUGCAGGGCCCUGCUCAAUCGCCCGGAUGUAGUGUCCAUUGGCAUUGUUUGGGACUCAGAGCGGCCAGCGGCGGAUCAGGUUCAUGCUGUUCUAAAGGCCGUGGGCACCAGUUUGAGACUGGGUGAUGUUUUCCACCAAGUCAGCGAACAGCGAUGGGCGCAGCAGACCCAACACGAACUGGUGGGCAUCGUGUCCUACUACGGCAAGCAUUACACCACCUUCUUUUUCCACACAAAGCUCAAAGUUUGGGUCUACUUUGAUGAUGCGAACGUAAAGGAAGUUGGUCCCAGCUGGGAGGGUGUGGUGGACAAGUGCAGUCGUGGAAGAUAUCAGCCACUCCUGCUGCUCUACGCGGUUCCACAGCAGCCUGCGUUGGGAAACGGUGGUGGUGUCAAUCACGUGGACGUUGCCAUGCCGGCCAGUGCACCAGCCAAUGGUGCUUCUGUGGUUCGCCGAGCAGUGACCCCGAGCCCAGAGAAGCCUAGUUUGGGCAACACAAGAAGGGCAAUUACCCCGACUCCCCUGAGGACACCCACCAAUGAUUAUCAGAACCUGAGUGUGAUCCAAAAGAACAUAUUUUCGGGCAGUCUGGCCAUGGGCACCGAUGAAACGGAUGCCUAUAUUAGCCGCAAAACGGUGGAGCAUGUGCUGAGUGCUCAGUACCAGAAUCUCAGUGUGAUUCAAGAUAAGAUUGGAGGAGGCAAUGGUGUACCCGUCAGCCAGCAGAAUGCGGACAAAGAUGGAGGCUUUCUAAGUCGGAAACCCAUCGAGGCGGUGUUGAGUGCCCAGUUAGCAAGAAGGCAACAUUUGCAACUGCAGCGCAGCCACAGUGCGGAAUCAAGCUCGGGACACGCCUCCUCCAACGGCAGUUCGCCUCCCAGCGAUGGUCUCACCAUGCCGGAGCAUCUGAAUCAGCCACGUCGUCGAGACUCGGGCAAUUGGUCUGGAGAUCGGAAUAGCGCCAGUUCGGCAAGUUCUACCACGCUGGAUAAUCCCUACCUGUACAUGGUAGCCAAGAGGGGCGUGGCAGCAGUGCCUCAGAGUCCUACGCGACAUGGAUUGCCCUAUGAUCCGGGCUACGACUCCUUUUCACUGAGCUCCACAGACUCAUAUCCACCCAAACAUGCCUUGAAUCCCCAGUUGGCCAAGAUUCCCGAAGCCGCCAUGGGUGUAGUUCAAAACGGUGGAGCAGUGGUAAACCACGGACAUGGUCAUGGACAGUUGGCCCUGUCCGGGGAUUGCGAAAAACUCUGCCACGAAGCGGAUCAGUUGCUGGAGAAGUCGCGGUUGGUUGAGGAGUCGCAUGAUCUGGAAACAGCCCUAGUGCUUUGCAAUGCGGCAGCUGGUAGGGCGCGGGCGGCCAUGGAUGCACCGUACAGCAAUCCCCACACGAUGACCUUUGCCCGGAUGAAGCACAAUACUUGCGUAAUGCGAGCUCGGAGUCUGCACCGUCGGAUUCUGGUGGAGAAGGGCGCCGAAACCGAGGCCAUGCCGGAGCUUAAGCACAUGCGCGAAGGUAGCACGAGUAGUGUGAAGCACGUCCGCCAAAAUAGUAAGGAUCGGACACUGGAGAAGGAGCAGCAGAUGCAGUUCCAGCAAAUUCAGCAGAUUCAGCAAAUCCAGCAGAUCCAACAGCAGAUUCCCGCCAGCAUCGAGAUCUAUGCCACGCUGCCGAAGCGCAAGAGUCCCCUGAAGGCCUUGGCCUCAGCUUCCACCUGUGAUGACAAUGCCAUUGAGUACGAGCAGGAAAAGCAGUUGGCCGCCAGUCCAGGAAAACCAGAGAGGGAGAGUCGCUCCCUGUUCGGUCGCAAGGACAAGGAGAAGGAGAAGCGUAGUCGCAGCGAGGAUCGCAACAAGCUUACACGCGAAUUUUCACUCACGGAAACGCUUCUUGUUAAUGCCAAGGACACGUUAAAGAAGCAUAAAGAGGAUAAGGACGAGAAGAAGGAGAAGGACAAGAGCGGCAAGAAGCAGCACAAGAUCAGGCGCAAACUGCUGAUGGGUGGGCUCAUCCGUCGGAAGAAUCGCUCCAUGCCGGAUCUCACCGAGGCGGUAGACGACGUGGCAGCCAAUGCUAGUAUGACCCAUCAUCCGCAUUAUCCUGUCCAGGGCGUGACGACCGCGGGAACCCUGUUGGGUAGCUCUGUAGACGACAGUGCCGUGGGUUUGGGUAAGCACGGGCACGGCAUGAGUGGCUACAUCUCUGAGGGUCACUUUGAUUAUCCAGGAUCCGGAUCGGGCUCGAAUUCAGGAGCUGGUAGCAAUCCAAAUCCAAACCUGGAGAGAAGCAAGCUGAUGCGCAAAAGCUUUCACGGCAGUGGAAGACAAUUGACUAUGGUGCCUAAGGUGGCACCACCGCCGCCUAUGAGAACCAGUUCCACUUUGACCCCGCAGCAGCAACAACAGCAGUUCCACCAUGAGGCCAAUUUGUCCAAUCUGUCGGCCAUGAGCUCGAACACCUCGAUUAGCGAGGAUUCCUGCCAGACGAUCAUCACCACCUGCGCCCAGGUGCAUUCGGAGCAAAGCCCUCUUAAGGAUCUGCAAAUGUUGGCUGGCCAGGAAGAGUUGCCACUACCACCACCCAUGGAACUGCCUCCAUAUCCGAGUCCGCCACACUCUGCUUGUCAUUCGCGACAGGCCAGCGAGGAUUUCCCACCACCACCACCCCCAGAAUUGGAUCUGGAACCACUCAACCAGCAAUUAAGUCAGCUACAGGCCUUGGAGGCAGCCAGUAAGCACCAGCGCCAGCAAUUAGAUUCCUUGGAGGGCACCACCAGCAUUUUGGCCCAGUUGCAGCAGCGCCAGCAUCUUCUGAAGUUAAGAAAGGAACAGGCCAAUCAUUUAGGAGCAGGUACAGCAGAUGCUACCUGGCUAAAGGAGCUGCAAGCGAAGCAGGCCAGUGAUCUGAGGGCUAUGCAACGAAAACUGGAGGCCUCAUCGCCAUCUAGUGUGAGGGAUUUGGCCCAUCGCUUUGAGCAAACAUCCAUACGAUCGUAUGCCUCACAGGAGUUGUUGUCUCAACCAGGACAGGGUCAGCAGACAGGACAGCUGCGUACUCAGAUGAACGGGCUACCCAGUGCCAAAAUAGAUGUGGAUGAGGUUGACUCAAUGCCAACGUUGAGAAAUUCUCUUCCCACCGCAGUCAGCGCCCACCAACUGCUGCCGAAGCCCAAAUACGAAAUGACCCAAUCCCAGAUUGCCGAGGAGAUACGCGAGGUGGAGCUGCUCAACACAAUGGUGCAGCAGACAUUGAACCAAAAUGGAGUUGCUGCCCCACCGAAGAGGGUGAAGAAAAAGAGUGUUUCUUUCUGCGAUCAGGUAAUCCUGGUUGCCACUGCUGGAAACGAGGAGGAUGAUGACUUUAUACCCAAUCCCAUAUUGGAGAGGGUGCUACGGACUGCUCAGCAUCCCAACGAGAAAGUCACCGCCCAAAUGAUACAGCAGCAGCAGCAGAAUAUGAUGCGUUUGCAGACAGAAGCGCAGCCACGGCAACAGCAACUGCAACAACUGCAACAGCAACAGCAAUUGCAGCAGCAGCCAUCGCCCAUGUUGGGCAGACCACCGGCAGCCACAGCAGAUAUGCAGCGAUAUGUGCAAAGGAUGCAUUAUCAGCAGCAGCAGCAACAGCAACAACAACAGCAACAACAACAGCAACAACAACAGCAACAACAACAACAGCAGCAACAAGAACUGCAUCACCAGCAGCAGCAACAUCGUACCAGUAUGAGCGGUAUUGCGAGCCAGCAGCAUUUGCAGCAAUUAGAUGCUCAGUAUACCUCCAUGCCGCGCCUUAUGUAUCAUCCUCAACCAGGCAACUACUAUGGUCCAUUACAGAAACACCAGCAAUUGCAGCAGCAACAGCUACAGCAACAACAGCAACAGCAACAGCAGGCUUCACAGCAACUCAGCUUGGGUUACUUUAGCAAUGGCAAUGCGGGAAAUUCCGAGCAAGUGCCUCUACCUUCGCCUUAUCAGCGUGUACCCCUACCACAUGGAUAUCAGCCGGCUGCAGCAGGAUCCUACUAUCCAUUACCUAAUGCCCAGCAGCAGCAACAAUUGCAGCAUCAGCUGCAACAGCAACAACAACUGAUGGCCAAGCCAGUGCAAAAAAAGGUGAGCUUUGAACCGGGAACCAAGGGAGAAUCCGAUUACAUGCCACCACCACCGCCACCACCGCAAAAGAAUGGAUUGCCCGAGGCAGGGUCAUCAGGAUCAGGACUUCCGGGAGCCACACCUGGAGCCUCGGCAGCGGGGGCCACUUCCUCGGCUGCUAUCACCGCCAUACCUACCCGCGUCUACAACAAUGCCAUUGUCAAGGCCUCGGCCAAAGCCGUCGAGUGCAACUUAUGCCGCAAGCGCCAUGUGAUCGCUCCGGCGGUAUAUUGCACGAACUGCGAGUACUACCUGCAAAUGCUGAAUCAGCGCAGAUGAUGAAGAUUCGACCUCCGACCAUCUCUAGUGCAACUUUCUAGCCGUACAUGGAACCCGUUAAUCUCAAGCAAUGCAAUGCUGCCACGUCGCCAAUAAGGAUCCGCCAAGGAUGUACAUAGCAUGGUUAUAAAUACAUAGAUGUAAUGAUAUUAGGAUGGAUGAAAGGUGCCAGGCGCAGCAAUGAUUUCAGGACUUAAGAAAUAGCGGAACGCAAAAACGGAGGGGGAACACAGUCCUUCUAUGGUUCCACAUGAGAAGUUUCCGCUGUGAUACAUUACCCACCCACCAAUGCCACCACCACUCACUAAUCACAUCAGUGUCAAUGUCCCCCAGCACACGCACACAAGCAUAUUGUACACGCCCAUCCACACCUACAUAUAUACUUGCUAGGAAUUGAGUUGUUCGUGAACGAUGCAGCGAAUUGAAUAGUAAAUUCUAGCCGCAGCAUCCUCAACACCACCCGUCGCCCCAUUGGACAUCGAUCGCCUGACUAAACGCAUUCCCAGAUACUAAUACACCCAAAGCCUGGACAGCCGUUCUCCUCCAUCAAUCAAAUGUUUUUUUUUUUUGACAACGAAUUUGAAUUACUUUUUUUCACAAGUUAACUAUAAAUAUUUUUAUGUGUGUGACGUCAGAAGUUUGAAACUCAGUCGUUGAGCUUCCUUGUGCGUGCUGUUGUCCAACGACACUCGCAUUUCCAUUUUUUUUUAAAUAUUUUUUUUAUAAGUUUUAGUAUAGCCAUAGUAAUAAUUUUUUUCUAUUUUCGUACUUAAUGAGUUUUAGAUUAUCUAAGAGUAUUUUUUGUGUUUUAUGCAUUUAAACGAUUCCGUGUAUUUAUAGUGUUUAUAUAUACUUAUAAAGAUAUAAAUUAUAAAGAUAUUCAAAUGAAAAUAUAUGAAGAAAAGAGAUGCGUGUCAUCCG